AUGCUAUUCUUCCGCGGCGGAGUUAACAGUCCGCGCCGGCGCAACCAAGAAAAAGCAAUCUUCUGCACCAUUCUCAUCAUCUACGCUCUAUACUUCCUCUUCUUCGCUGGGAGCUCCGAUCCCAAACGGUCAGAGACGUCUGCUGAGGAUGCGGUGAAGGGAGGCCCGCAUCGGGACUCGCGGUCGGGGAAGGCUUCCCCGUCCGCCUCGGCUUCGCGACAGCCCCAGGCCUUGGACAAGGACAUGGUGGUGGCUAGUAUGAAGGGAGACGAUGUCUCAUGGCUGUACACAUACUUUCCUGAGUGGCACAAAAGCAUCUACGUGGCGGACGACAAGAAAGCGCCGUUAACGGUGGCCUUGAAUAAGGGGAGGGAAUCGAUGGUGUAUCUGACAUAUAUAAUUGAUAAUUACGACAACCUUCCCGACUCGAUUCUUUUCAUCCAUUCCCAACGAUACCAAUGGCACAACGACGACCCUUACUACGAUGGUGUGCCCGUUCUUCGCAACUUCCAGGUCCCAUAUCUCCAAAAACAAGGCUACGUGAAUCUGCGCUGCGCCUGGGUCCUGGGCUGUCCGGCGGAGAUUCAUCCCCUCAGUGAUACGCAUCGCAACGACGUCCACGCAGGCGAGUACUUCAAGACAGGAUUCAUGGAACUGUUUCCCGGCGCGGAGGUCCCUGAAGAAGUGGGGGUUUCAUGCUGCGCGCAAUUCGCCGUCACACGCUGGAAGAUCCGCGAGCGGCCUAAGAGUGACUAUGUGCGGUACCGCAAAUGGUUGGCUGAGACGACGUUACCCGAUGAUCUCAGUGGACGGAUCAUGGAAUACUCAUGGCACAUGAUCUUCGGCAAGGGCCCCGUCUACUGUCCCACGGCAGAAGAAUGCUACUGCAAGGUAUUCGGACUAUGCAAUUUGGAUUGUCCGACGGAGGGAGACUGCGCUGGCCGCUAUGUUCUCCCGCCAUACUCUUCUCUUCCCAAGGGAUGGCCGUAUAUCGGCUGGAAGGGUCAAAAGCAGGACCCUAGCAAGGGACUUCCGGAGGCUUGA